AUGAUGCGAGUGAUUGUCGCCCUUCUCCUCCCCUACUACACUGUCGCAUACCCCGCCAAAAUACCAAUUCGUAAGUUAACCACCUACUCAUGUGACACUUACCGUUCUCUCAGAGUCAUUCACAACACCUGGAGAUCGAGAACAGGGCGUCAACUCGGUUCUGAAUUACACCGUGACGAGGCUCAACAGCGAAACUCAGAAUCCGUUUCUGUUGGACUAUGCCGACAAAACGCUGAGGAAAGCUGCCGGAGAUGGGUGGGGAGUUAUGCAAACAGGUAGUUAAUUGACUUCAUAAUAACUCUUGAAUUUUUUAAAGUUUUGACUAACUUAAUGAGUAACUAUUGGUACUUUUCAAAGCCUUAGCAUUAAAAAAACAUAUUUUCGCUUGUGUUAAUGAAUUACAAGUACGGUAAAAAACUUUUAUGGUUUAGUAUGUGAUGCUAUGGAAAACGGGUUUAUGACGAUGAUUGUGGGAGACAAUCAACGUCAUCAUCAAGCUUAUAUCAAUGUUGCCAAUACGAUGGAAAUGCCUCUGAUCAAUUGGGAUCUGUCGUAUCAAAGAAGGUUAUAUUCACCGACUACAAAGUAACCUUUUGAAUUCUAUUUUAAUGCUUAUUGAACCACUGUUAUCGCUAUUUUGAUUUUUUCUAGUUUUGAAGUCAGUUUGAAGCCUCCAAACGCUGAAUUGUUGGCUGAUUUGAUAGUUCUUAAGAAGUGGGACACUUUUGUUUACAUGCACGAUGUAGAUAACGCAGAUGAAGCGGCUCAAAAUGUGCAGAGGAUCUACAAUCACCUACAGAAGGUCACGAACAAAACGAUAACUUCUGAAAUUAUUCAGAUGACUCAGGAAACAAAAGACUUUUCGGAGUUUUUGGUACAGUUCAACAUACGACGAGUUACCAACAAGGGCGACAGUAAUGUAAGCAAAACCUUUUUAUUGUCUAAAAGUACAAAAUGCAUUAUUAUGUUUGACGUAGAAGUGUUCAAAAGUAUUGUUUUAGCCAUGUCGAGUAAUAAUUGACACUGCCAGUGCCUUCCGACAGCAAGAGAUCCUGAAGUCGAUCAGGGCGGCUCAGUUCAACCAGGCAGACUAUCACUACAUAUUAGCUAAUUUUGUAAGUGAUACUUAGAUUGUAAUUUACAUAUUUUUUGAAUUUUUUUAUAAUACUAUUAUUCAUGUUUCACUAACGUUGACUUUAGGAUUUGCUGCCUUACGACGUGGAAAAGUUCCAGAACGCAAACAUUAAUAUAACGGGUUUCCAAAUCGUUGACAGAGAGAGCAUCGAGUACGAACAUCUCCGCCGCUUCCUACAUCAACACGACCAUCUGGAGGAGGAGGAACAACAAGGACUACAAGCACGACUCGCCUUCGUGCACGAUGCUGUUCUCGUGGCGAAGACGGCAUUGGAAGGAACGCUACGGAAAAAUGAUUCCUUGUUUCAUCACAACUUCAGGCACGGUGAACUAUACAACCAAGGCUUUCCGGGUCUAUUCUGUCAUCCUCAAACAGACAAAAGAAACCCCGGAAGACCGUUUGCACCAUUUGAGCACGGCCGUGCUAUUCUCAGGGAGCUACAUCAGGUAAGAAGGGUGAAAGAUUACUCGAAAAGUAACGUCAACAAAUGCGACAAGAGAAGAUACACUUUUCAAAGUGAAAGUUUAAAAGCGUAAAUUCAAAAAAUAUCAUUUCAAAUAAAUUUUGAUAAUUUUAAAAGCAACAUACUUCGCAUAAAAUUACCUCGGAAAGACUAAAAAAAUACGCAAUUUCACUAUUUCAGCUACGACUAACAGAAGCAGAAGGCGCACUAACAGGAACCGUAGAAUUCGACCGUAACGGCGAUCGUCGCAACUUCCAAGUCACGGUGAUUGACCUAAUAUCCAACCUCAAGAGCUCGUUCAAUAAGAAGGAGAUCUUCGCGUGGAAACAGUCCUUCGGCUUCUUGAACAACCAGACUGUAGCUCAACAUACUCGCAAGAAUCUGAGUGAAUUGGACCGUACCAAGGUGGUCCGAGUGGUCAGUACCAUCGUGGAGCCGUUCGUCAUGAUAAAACGAGAUUGCGAGAACUCCAAUGCUACAGAAUGUCUGGGCAACGCCAAGUUUGAAGGAUUCUGCAUCGAUCUGCUGAAGUUGUUGAGGGAUCGGAUCCCAGAAUUCAACUACAUCAUCCAGUUGAACAAACAGAACAAGUACGGUGUGAAACAGCCGGACGGCAGCUGGGAUGGGCUGGUUGGCGACUUGCUCAGAGGAGAAGCUGAUGUAGCCGUAGCUUCUUUGACGAUAAACCAGGUAUUUGUAGCCACAAAAUUAAGAUUCACAGUUUUAGGACAGAGAACGAGUGGUCGACUUCAGUAAGCCGUACAUGACGACAGGUAUCUCCAUCAUGAUCAAGAAGCCAGAUAAACAAGAGUUCUCAGUAUUCUCUUUCAUGCAACCGUUGAGUACCGAGAUUUGGAUGUACAUCAUCUUCGCGUACGUAGGAGUAUCUGUGGUCAUCUUCUUGGUGUCACGGUUCAGUCCGUACGAAUGGAGAGUAGAAGAAAUGUCAAACGGUGGAUUCACAAUCUCAAAUGACUUUUCUGUUUACAAUUGUUUGUGGUUUACAUUGGCUGCUUUCAUGCAACAGGGCACUGACAUCUUGCCUCGGUAUGUUCAUUUUUAUGCGAUUUUUGUUAGUUACGAUGAUCAAUAAUCAGAAAUUAAAAUUUUCAAAAAUCAAUUUUUGAGUAUUGUUACAUUUUAUCUUAGGUCGAUAAGUGGUCGAAUUGCCAGUAGUGCGUGGUGGUUCUUUACCAUGAUUAUCGUAUCUUCGUACACUGCCAACCUGGCCGCUUUUCUAACGUUGGAGAAAAUGCAAGCUCCAAUAGAAAGUGUCGAAGAUCUGGCCAAACAGACCAAAAUCAAAUACGGUAUUCAACAAGGAGGAUCUACUGCACAAUUUUUUAAAGUACGUUCAGUAUCACUUAUGUAUUACUCCACCUAUUAAGUAUCUAUUAAGUAACUUAGCAAAACAAAAAUAUGUUUUUUUAUUUUACCUACUGGUAUAAUGAUGUUUUCUUUUUUAGUACUCUUCGGUGCAAACAUACCAAAGAAUGUGGCGAUUUAUGGAAUCACAAGUCCCUUCUGUCUUCACGAACAACUACGCAGAAGGUAUAGAAAGGGUGAGGACACAUAAAGGAAGGUACGCUUUCUUGCUCGAAGCUACUGCCAACGAAUAUGCUAACACUAGGAAGCCUUGUGACACCAUGAAGGUUGGAGCCAACCUUAACAGCGUUGGUUACGGCGUAGCAACUCCAUUUGGAUCAGAAUGGAAGUAAGACAAUGCAGCUUAUAACCAACCACUUUAUGUCAUCCUACAAACUAGUUACUGUCUAAAUAAUACGGAGUUAUUCUUGCAGAGACCUGAUAAACUUGGCGAUAUUGGCAUUACAAGAAAGAGGAGAACUCAAGAAGCUAGAAAACAAAUGGUGGUACGAUAGAGGACAGUGCGAUCAAGGAAUAUCGGUAACUCCUAAACUAAUAUUCAAAUUCCACCUGUUUUAGGAUGGCUCCAGUGCCAGUUUGAACUUGAGUAAAGUAGCCGGUAUCUUCUACAUCUUAAUGGGGGGUAUGAUAAUAUCCAUGAUAGCGGCAAUUGGCGAGUUCCUAUACCGAAGUCGGAUAGAAGCACGUAAAGGUCAAUUGUCGUCGAUGGUAAGAACAAAGCAAAAGAUAACAUCGACUUUCAGAAAAACCUAAAAGCAUCCUUUUAUGGGCAAUUACGGCUCUCGAUGCAGGGCGGAGCGGUGGUUCAUGAAGGAAAUAGUGUUCACGAAGCCUUGACCAAACACAAGGUAAGUUCAAAGUGCCAUCCGUAAUUACACUCGAUAGGCGUCAUCGCUGUUACCCGCGAAUUACAACGAACCCAUACAAGCCGGGUCAUUGCCAACCAAAAAGCAAAACAACCCGGACGGCAAAUCAGCUGGCCAGAACAACAAUAACGCGCGCAGUAAUUCUGUCAAAAAGUCUCAUCUCAAAACAUAUAAUACGGCUGUAUAA